AUGGCCGGCGGCGGCGCAGCGGCCCCUGGCGGCGAAGCCACGAUGCCACGCCGUUCCCUUCGCGCGGAGGAAGGGGCCGCGGCGGCGUCCAACCGAGAGCUGGAGGCGCGAGGCGCCUCGGCCACGUCUUUGCCCGCGGCCGUGCGGGGAGCUCUGGAGCUGGCCGAAGCUCGGAGGAAGCUGCUGGAGGCCGAAGGGCGGCGCCAGCUGGUCUCAGAGCUGGAGAGCCGCGUCCAGCAGCUGCACCGCGUCUUCAUCGAAGCCGAGCUGCGCAUGGCCAGCCGUGCCGAAAGCAUGGGCCGCCUGGGCAGCAGCGUGGCUCAAGCCGAGAUCUACCUGGCGGCGCACGGCCAGCGUCUCAAGAAGAACCUGCGGCGCUGCAAGAAACCGCGGGCCCCGGCCCUGCUAGCCUCCGCGCUAGGACUCAGCAGCUGCGUGCCCUGGGCGGCGUGCCGCAUGCGCCGCGGCCGAGGGGGCGCGCCGGAGCCGCCGGAGUCGCCUUUCAAGAGGAGCCUCCAGGGAGCGGCAGUUUCUCCGCAGCCGCCUGGGGAGGCCUCCCUUAGAGGGGG